AGACUCGAUCCUCUGUUUAGUAUAAUAAUAUAGCCUUUCAACAUGGAAAUGGAUCUAACACAGGCAGUACAGCAGAACCUGUUAAACACAGACAGGUGUCUUGUCUGUGUACAAGUGGCAGAGCUGUCCACCUGGGCAAAGACUAGCCGGAUUCUUGCUCUUGUGCACCACCAAGGGGAAUAUGGAUUGUUUAUCUUUGCCAUAGACAAAUCGCCGGUUGCCACUGCUUCUGAUCUGUCCUUAAAGGCGGUGGUGGGAAUUGAUGCAGCAGUCGUCUGUGAUGUAAGUUCUCCGUUGGGUAUCGUCGAAGCCGACUUGGAGUUCAAAAUCGUCAAACAUGAUUGCACGUAUACAUUUGAAAUGUCGAUAGGACAGGAAUGCAACACAUUCGUAGCAGAAUUCUACAGGGUGCUUCAGUCGUGUCACGAGCAGUAUGGCGAUGGAACCUUAGACUUCAGCUGGGUGAAACCUUAUGGUGGUGAAGAGAUACGGGGUUCGUCACAAGCUCAGGGAAACCAGCCUCACUCGCAUGUGAGUUUGUCGAAGGCAACAGGCAACUCCGCUAGCACAUUUUACACCUUUGAGGAUAACUUUCAAACUUCGGUGCCAGACGCAAGCCUGAAAAAGUCGUCAGCGCUACCUGCAAUGGCUUCAGGAGGUAACCUUAGACAAAAACUGGAGAGAGAAGUAACGCCACUGCUGCGACAUUCGUCACUCGACAUGAUGGGAAGUCGUGAUGGUAUUAUUAAGCGUGUAAUGGAGACGCGUGAGGAUGAAUACACUGACAUCCAGACGUUUCGAGUGUUCACUGGUACGUGGAACGUGAAUGGGCAGCCGGCGUCUGUUGCACUGCAAGCCUGGUUAGCUGGGGACGACGAACCCCCGGACAUGUACGCCGUUGGCUUCCAGGAGCUCGACCUCAGCAAGGAGGCGUUCCUCUUCAACGACUCGCCGCGCGAAGAUGAGUGGCUGCAGGCGGUGACGAACGCGCUGCACCGCGGCGCCACCUACACGCUCGUGCGCACGAUCCGCCUCGUCGGCAUGAUGCUGGUGACGUACGUCGCGGAGCCGCUGCGCGAGCGCGUCAUCGAGGUCGCUGCCGAGACGGUCGGCACGGGCAUCAUGGGCAAGAUGGGCAACAAGGGCGGCGUCGCCGUGCGCUUCCUGCUGCACAACACGUCGCUGUGCGUCGUCAACGCGCACCUCGCAGCGCACACGGACGACUGCGAGCGCCGCAACCAGGACCACGCCGACAUCUGCGAGCGGCUGCGAUUCGCGCGCUUCGACCCGCCGCUGCCCAUCUGGCAGCACGACGUCGUGCUGUGGAUCGGCGACCUCAACUACCGGCUCGACCAGCUCGCCUACGACCAGGUCAUGCUGCUCAUGGAGAAAGGAGCAUUCGCCAAGCUCUUGGAGUACGACCAACUCUACACACAGAAGAAGAAGGGUAGGGCUUUCAAGACGUACGAGGAGGGACCGAUCACGUUCCGGCCGACGUACAAGUUCGAUCCCGGCUCGGACACGUACGACACGAGCGAGAAGUGCCGCGUGCCGGCCUGGUGUGACCGCGUGCUGUGGAAGGGUCAGCACGUGAAGCAGCUCACCUACCGCAGCCACCCGACGCUGAUGAUCAGCGACCACAAGCCCGUCAGCGCGCUGUUCGACGUCGGCGUGAAGGUUGUCGACGUCGUCAAGUUCAAGCGCGUCUACGAGGAGCUGAUGAAACAGCUGGACAAGCUGGAGAACGAGUACCUGCCGCAGGUGACGCUCGACACGAUGGAGAUCGACUUUGACCGCGUCGCGUUCGUCGAGCCCGCCGCGCAGUACCUGAUCGUCGCCAACACGGGCCAGGUGCCCGUCGAGUUUGAGUUCAUCCGCAAGCCGAACGACGCCGGCUACUGCAAGCCGUGGCUGUCCAUCUCGCCGUACAAGGACUACAUCAUGCCUGGCGAGAAGCGCGACGUGAAACUCGAGGUGUACGUGAAGGCGGCGAUGGCGGCGCGGCUCAACGCCGGCGACGACCGCAUUGACGACAUCCUCGUGCUGCACCUGCACGGCGGCAAGGACAUCUUCGUGACGGUCGGCGGCCGCUACGUGCCGAGCUGCUUCGGCGCGUCGCUGCAGGCGCUCUGCAGCAUGCCGACGCCGCUGCGCGAGGUGCCCGUCGCUCAGCUCGUCGACCUCGGAUCGCCGGAGACGCCCGCGGCAGCGGCGGCGGCGGACGCGCCGUACGACAUCCCGAAGGAGAUCUGGUCGAUGCUGAACCACCUGUACGAGUUCGGCGUGCAGGAGGGCAGCCUGUUCCAGCAGCCGGGCCUGCCGUCGGAGAUCCUGCAGAUACGAGACGUGCUGGACACGGGCAUCGCCGACAGUCUGCCCGGCAGCGUGCACUCGGUCGCAGAGGCACUGCUCAUGUUUCUCGAGGCGCUGCCGGACCCCGUCGUGCCGUACAGCCACUACCAGCAGUGCAUCGACCGGUCGCGCGACGUCACCGCGUGCGAGCAGCUCGUCGCCGCCUUCCCGCCGUGCCACAGCAACGUGUUCCGCUACCUGAUGGCCUUCCUCAGAACCGUGCUCUACUUUGUCGACAGGAACAAGUCGGAUGUUAUGGAGAGCCUGGCACUGAUGUUUGGCAGCAUCCUGCUGCGAGCGCCCCCUGGUGUGGAGCCUACUCUACCUCCGCGGAUGCUGGACAACUGCAAAGCUACCUUCGUUACAAACUUCAUCACAGAGUGAACCGUCCGAUCCAUCAUAUGGGCGAUUAGGUUUGCACUGUGAAAAUUGUUAUACAAGUAUAUAAUAUAAGUUGGACACAUGCUCUUAAGCAGGCAGAUGAUCUUAAUGUCUAAUUAGGGAAUCGAUUAUGAUUCGAUGAAAAUGAUGUGAUAAAUACUUACAAUGAGUCCUUUUCCUAUAAGUUUGCACUAAGCAUAAAGUGAUGUAUUAAGCGUCGUAACAACGUCCUAGUAAUAGCGAUUGCUGUACAGGAAUGUGCAAUACAGUAGUAACCUAGCAAAUCUGCAGUAAUUAAUCAGGUGGUUAUAGUUUGGUUAUAACAGAUUCUGUACGACUGCUAGCAAAAGAUAAAGCUGUAACGUGGCUCCCAUAGACUUGGUAACUGCACUGCAAUUCUCGGGCUGAUUCAUUGUUUAAUUGGCCAUAAAGGCAGGUAUUGCCCAGGUUAUUGAAUUAUUAUUGGGAUUCAUAUUUACGCGAAAUGCAAUUUGUACGUGGCUCGAUAUUAGAUAAUAGUCAAAAGACCGGUAGAUGUAUCUGCUACGAAAUGCGAGGAAAUGUAUAGAGGGAAGUGUGCUUCCGAGUGAAACUGCCCUGUGAUCAAACAUUCUCUAUAUGAUUCCUAGACGUGCAGGGUGCAAGGUGAUGCAGGCUUGAUAAACCUAUAUCACUAGGCCUUGUUCUAGGCUUGUGUUUUAUGAACUGCUACCCUCAGGUGGGAAUCAACGGUGCUGCGUAUCUUCUCAAUUCGUAAAUCCUGUAUAAAUGACAUGUUGUAAGAAUCACUUUCAUAACAGCUUUUCAGUCAGCAUUUUCGACAGUACUUUCACUUCAACAACUCACGAGUUUUGUAAUAAUAAAUCAACAGCUUUUAUAAGAAAUCGCCACUUUUGUAAAUCACCAGCUUUUCUGAGAAAACACAUUCUGUUACAAAAAACGGUUAAACGGUAUUACAAAAUUGGCGAGCUGAUUUUAUUACUCAAGCUGGCGAGCUUUUGGAUUGGCUGUUGAUUUAUAUUUUGGAAAUGGCAUGUUAUUAACAAAAGUUGCGAGUUAUUAAAAAUCGUUUUAAAUACUAGUGGUCCUUCCGUGGCAGACAGUACUCUUUUAUAAAAAAAAGAGAAAGGGUUGUUAUAAUAUUAAUACAGUAAUAGUAUACAACCUUAUAAGCUAGCAUGGGUAGCCAUAUUUAACAAGAGUGCUUAAGUGUUGGUCCUGAAACUUGACACAUGAACCACAAACACCCUGGUGAUAGAUACUUUCAUUGUAUCAUUGCUACAAAAACAUAGGUACAUAGCAAAUCGGUAUGGACCUGGUCCUAUUGAAAGAAAAUGAAAUUGAAAUUGAGUUUCAUGAAUUAUGGAUUCGCGUUAUGCUUUAUUACUAUAUAAUAAUUAUGUAAUACCAAUUUUGUCAGAUUAUGGAUGUGAACGUACUAUAAGGGAUUAUGGAAACGGUAAUUGUAUCUUUUUUCCCCAAUUCCCGUCCUGCAUGUAGCAGUUUUUGCAUGUAUAAAUUCAUUAGGUGCAGUGCACGUGCUACUUUAAGUCUUCAAGGUUAUCUAGUGUAAAUGUGGAAAAUGUAGCAGAUUUACUGCUUUAUGCACCUCCUGUUAAUCAAUGAUGUGUACACAAUGGAAAUAAGUUAUUGGUGAUGGUGUGUCAGUGUAAGGCAUGUUGCGUACAUGGCGCACAAUGAACAGAGUGAUGGCGUGGGAAAGUAUAAAGAAUUUCGGCCCCGAAUCUGUGGUAACAUUACAAAUCGCUCUUAAUUCGUGCGUAAAAUAUAGAAUUUCAAGUGUGAAAAUUGUCUGAAAUAUUGUGUUCCAACACAAAAAUUGUAUUUUCCCAAGCUUAUCGAUACACGCCUUGUUAUUUUAUUGACGUGUACCACAUGAUGGCCUUUUGAUAAUAACUAAUAAGCUUAGCAUUAAAUAGAUGUAGUUUUCUUCAUAUCAAUAUACUAGACGGAAUUGUCGAAGUAGUUUUCUUAAAUUUUCUAUACCGAGGUUAUGCAGGUUGGCACAAGCUUUAAGUGGUGGUUUGAAAUUUUGAAAAUUAGCUAUUUUCAAUAGUAUCACUUUCACUUACACGUUUAGUUUUUUAAAGCAUAAAGCGAUUUUUUAUUAAUUCAAUUGUCACUGUAAUUGAGUAGAUACAUUUUAGGAUUAACCAUAAUUUUCAAAAAAAAAGUGGUGCGGUUUCCAUAUAGUUGUGGAAUUUUACCAUCAUAAUUCUAAUUUAAAUGUUUCGGUACGAAUAAAUGUACCUAAUUGAGUUUUCCAACAUUUCUUCAGUAUUCUACCUUCUCUUUCUUCCCCCAUUCACGCUGCCCCACUCCAAUACACACGUGCAUCAUACUCUGUCGAUACUUCCCGCCCCGUGUUGUCUCUCUCUCCCCUUCUACCUCUUCUAUUCUUUUAACCCUUUAUUCCAAGAUGUUUUGUCAUCGGUGCGAUAUUUGCUUUUAGAAAAAGGUUUUCAUUCAUCAAACUAAAUAUUCGUCGCGAAACUGUGGAAUGCAGACAAUUUCAUACUGCGAUAUUAAUAUUUCUUACGUGAAAUGAAAAA